UAAUCCACCUGGAGUAUGACAGUUUUCGCAGUACUUAUAUGUUUACGGUGUGGAAACCAGACGAGGCAUCGUCUUGUCAAACCACAUGGUGCUUGUGUGAUUUCAUUUCUGUUUCAUUCUGUUUUUCUGUUUACCUUCCACAUUACUUCAACUAUGAAGAAACGGGCUGUAGAUUCCAAGCAAAAUGUGGAAUCAGAUUCCAGUAGUGAUGACGACUCAUCUGGAGAGGAUGAAGAAUAUAAAGGAGGCGAGCAAAUUCAGGUCGACUUUGAAGGGAGGAUACCUGUAGACUCAGAUUUCCAUGGAAUCAAACAGUUGCUUCUACAGCUCUUUCUCAAAGCGCAUGUUAAUUUGUCUGAUCUGACAGAGCUUUUGAUCAAACAGAAUUACAUUGGAAGUGUUGUAAAGCAAUGUGAUGAUGAUCCUGAAAGUGACGAUGAGGAUGACAUGAAUGUGGAUGAUGAUGUCUAUGGAAUUACUUCAGUUGUCAAUCUUACAGAGAAAAAGAGUAUGCAAUGUGUCUCACAACUGCGGGAUCUACUGAAAGACCUUAGUACCAAACAUGGAGAUGAUCGCACGGUUUCUAAAGUCAAUCAACUACUAGAUGAUGAUAGUCAUUCUGUCGGUCUCCUAAUUAAUGAGCGCUUCAUUAAUAUACCUCCUCAAGUAGCAGUUCCAUUGUUAAUGAACUUAAGGAAAGAAUUAGAGAAAGCCAAAAGCAGAAAAAUGCCCUUUGACUUCCAUUAUUUUGUGCUAAUUUGUAAACUGUACAAAAUGGACCACACUAAGAAGAAGUCAAAGAAGAACAAAAACAAAGAGGCAGAGCCUGAAAUUUUGUGGUCAAAUGCUGAGGAAGAAGUGUUUCUGGAGGUUGCAGACUGCAGUUUUGAGUUCUGCGUGAAAGAUGAUUCUGAUUCUGCUCUUGGAGGAAAGUGGAAUGAAAGUGAUUCAGAAAUGACUCCUUGGCGGAAAGUUCUCAUCUUUCCUGCAUCCAAACUGGAUGAUGUUAUCAACAGAGUAACAAAUAUGCUUCAGCAGUAAAAAUUUAGAUUUUUUGCCGUUUCAGUAUGUUAUCUGUCAUUCUGUUUUGAAUGCUGUCUAUUUGUUACUUUGUUUUCAAAACUGUUCAAUAAAAUCAAUCAGUUUUCAAGAA